AUGGAGCUCGAUCUGGAUGAUUGGGUCACCAACUCAAAUGAGUGCUUCCACAUCAACCUCUACCGCACCUCCAACGCCGACGGCCCCCAACGCAUCUACGACGACUCCUUUCACCCCAGCUACACAUACACCGUCAUCGAAGAGAACGAGACCAUCGCGGGGUACAAGAACCCCAGCAUCGAGCUGGACUUCCGCGCAAACGACCUUAAGCCGAAUCUGAAGAUCUCAUUCGACCAGGAACUCGACCUCAAGAAAAUCUCCCCAGACCUGAAUCAGAUCGAUCUAUCACCAGAGCUGUUUCGCGAGUUCCUCCCCGAGUCGAUCGACGAUGCUGCCGGUGCUGCGUCUUCAGACUGGAAACCACCGGGUGAAUGUAUGAAGACCUUCAGCCUAUACGGCAAACAGUACGAGAUAUGGAAGGCCUCCAUGACGGAUCCCGAUGCUAGGCGCAUCUGGUUGAAUAUGAGAAUCCUGACACUGCUGUUCAUCGAGGGCGCGACAAUAGACGGUUUGGAUGACGAAGAGACGCUCGACCGAUGGACGCUAUACCUUCUAUACGACGUGACGCCCUUGUCAGAUUCACAACUUUCUCCUUACACAUUCGCCGGCUUCUCCACGUCAUAUCGCGCCUGGGUCUUUCCUACUUUCGAGAUCGCUCGUGCCACAAAGCAACUGCCAUCACCAGCCGACAGCAAUGACGGCACUGCCGGCAAAUAUACGCCACCUCGUUUGACGCAAGACCCCAAGACGUUCCUCUUCACCAAUAAGCUGGACCUCCUCGAGACGCCAUCAAGGGAGCGCAUCUCCCAGUUUCUCAUUAUCCCCCCAUACCAAGGUCAAUCGCUCGGAAGCCGCUUGUACGACACCAUCUUCCAGGAGUUAGCGAGCAAGCCCUUCAUCUUCGAGAUACCAGUUGAAGAUCCGAGCGAAGCUUUCGAUGCCAUGCGGGAUUACAGCGACAUCACCUAUCUUCGUACAUUGCCCGCCUUCCAGGAACUGUCAAUUGCUUCCAAUCUGUCUCCUGAAUCCCUAAGGAAGGACUCACCAAUUCCGCGGGACCAGAUCCUUGGCAACGGUAAAGACCUUGAAGCACUUCGGGUGGAAACCAAGAUUGUGAGCAGACAAUUUUACAGGAUGAUCGAGCUCCACUUGUUGUCGACCAUUCCACCAAACAAUCGAAACCGGGCGCGAAUCACAAGGAAAGCAAAGUCUAGCAACGAAAACGAUCGGAGAUACUACUUCUGGCGAUUGGCGCUGAAGCACCGUAUAUACUGCCAGAACGCGGAUGCGCUGGAUCAGAUGGAAGAUGUCGCUGAACGUGUAGAGAAGCUGGAGUCGGCAGUCGACUCACAGCAGGAGGAGUUUGAAGAGCGUCUUGAAGAGCUGGAGAAGCGCCAGAGUAUCGUGGCCGAUGAAGCGUCCAUGCCCGCAGUCGGCGCGAGAAGCAAGCGGAAGAGGGCGACUGUCGUUGAUGAUGACGAGGAUGACGAGUGGGAAGACAUGGAUGAAGUAUCAGUGGCCAGCUCAAAGAGAAUGCGGUCGUAA